AUGCAAAUACGUGAAAUGGAAAACGAAGCCAAUGCAAUUGUAAUCAAUAACGUCACCUAUGAUUUGCGAAACGUUUCUAGAGAAGAAGCUGCAAGAUUGAGACAUUUAAAAAUUCAUGAGGAGCACAAAGGUCAUGAGGCUAUGCAUUUAGAGAUCUUUUUAAUUCUCGUUUUCUUCACAUUUGGUGCCCAAUUCGCCCUGAUGGCCUGGAAAAAAUACCACCCCAAAUCUUAUCAUCUGCUCACACUUCUUGGGAUGUGGAUUGUCCCCAUGUGUUACAGUUCGUAUAUGCUCUAUUUCCGAUUCAUGACGGUAUGGUUGUUUUUUUCACUGGUCACCGGAGUCAUGGUUUAUUUAAGCUCAUGUCCGCACAUUUCAACGUCGACGCCUAGGCGCGUAUAUUGGUGGUUCCUACUUGUUCAUAAGAUAUCUUAUGCUGGGUCGGUAGGCGGCUACUUUCUCGUGCUUUUUUCACUGUUCAUUCCUAACCUCAUCAACCCCGGUUUCGCUAUUCCUGUUGGCGGCCUGGUUCUCUUUUAUGGCGUUUACUAUGGUCUCGUCGCGCGAGACUUUGCUGAAGUGUGUACCGACAAAAUGGCUGCCCAUAUUAGCUAUUUUACAGCUACUGGCAUUCCACUGAGGCGAAUUGACCCCGGCGUUUGUGCCCUAUGUACGAACGUUAUGCUAAAUGGCAAGGGUGAGAAAAAGUACCGGCUCAACUGUUCUCACGUCUUUCAUGAGUUUUGUCUUCGUGGUUGGUGCAUUGUGGGAAAGAAGGAUACGUGUCCAUACUGCAAAGAGAAAGUCAACCUUCACAAGCUUAUCAAAAACCCGUGGGAAAAACCGCAUCUUCUCUUCGGCAGUCUCCUGGAUGCCAUUCGCUACCUUGUCGCCUGGCAGCCAUUGAUUCUGAUGGCAGUGCACGUCAUCAUUUGGGUCUUAGAUUUAAAGUGA